GUGGAGCUCUAAAGACGGCGUCUAAGAUCCGUUCAGGGCACUUGUCGCUAAAGGAGUCGUUGUGUCAGCAUGACAUCCCAUUACAAGGUGGUCGUUGUGGGGGCCGGUGCUGCCGGCAUAGCCGCAGGUACCAAGCUUCUUGAGAAGGGAUUCACAGACUUUGUGAUUCUUGAGUCCGAAUUCAGAAUAGGAGGAAGAAUUCAUACUGUUGCAUUUAAUGAUAAUCUGGUUGAUCUUGGAGCCCAAUAUUGUCAUGGACAAACCGGCAAUGUUGUGUAUGAAAUGGCUAGCCCUUUCAAUAUUUUGGAGUCUUCGGUGACUGGAACUAAUAUGGGGUUUGCUCUAUCGAAUGGUGAAGAGUUUCCGCGAGAGUUAGCAGAGGGUAUGAUGACAGUUUGUCUCGAGAUAAUGGAAGAAUCUAAGACACAAAAUAUAAGCCCCAACGAAUGCCUAGGCCAGUACAUGACCUCACAGUUUGGGAAAUAUGUAGAUGCUGAUUGUAAAACACAGAAGCAACGUGAUUUGUGUUGGAGCUUCCUGGAUUGGUUCCAUCGGUUUGAAAAUGCUAGUGAUGGGUCAGAUUCUUGGUUUGAAACAUCCCUCUUAGGCAACAGUGAAUACAGAGAAUGUGAGGGUGAUCUCACUCUCUCAUGGAAAAAUGUUGGUUUUAAACGAAUCCUGGAUAUUAUGAUGCGGAGAUGCCCGAAUCCUGCCAUGCUUAUUAGGUUGGAGCCUAAAAUACAUUUGGGAAAGGAAGUUACAAAGAUUCAGUGGGAAUGUAAUUCUAGCGGCCAUAUCUUGUUGCAUUGCUUAGAUGGAUCAAAGUAUACUGCAGAGAAAGUCCUCCUGACUGUCUCACUGGGGGUGCUAAAAGAACAAUCUGGUCAUCUUUUUGAGCCAGAGUUACCAGAGGCAAAACUAACUGUCAUAAGAGGCCUAUCCAUGGGUACAGUGAAUAAAAUCUUGCUGAAAUUUACUGAAAUUUGGUGGCCGAAAGACAUAGCUGGGUUCAGUUUUAUUUGGACACAAGCUGACACAGCAGAAUUUAAGGAGAAUCUUUCAGAAGAUAGUAACAAAAAGUGGCUUUUAGAUGUAUUUGGGUUCUACCAAUAUCACAGCCAGCCGGGUGUAUUAUGUGGCUGGGUUGUCGGAGAAUCUGCCCGCAUCAUGGAAAAUUGUACAAUAGAUGUGAUAAAAGCUGGAUGUCAAGAGUUGCUAGAAAGAUUUUUGGGUGAUACUUAUCAAAUACCACUUAUUCAUUCAUUGAUCAGAUCGAGUUGGUAUUCAAACCGCAACUUCAGAGGUUCUUAUAGUUUCCGUAGCAUGGAAAGUGAACAGCUAGGAGCAAAGGCCACUGGACUUGCAGAGCCCGUGUUGAACUCAAAAAAUGAGGAGGUGUUGCUGUUCGCUGGAGAAGCCACUCAUGAGCAUUUCUUCUCGACUGUGCAUGGAGCUAUAGAGUCUGGGUGGCGAGAAGCAAAUCGCAUCACAGAACAUUACAAAAGUGAAACAGAAGUUGAGAAUAUUUGAAAGUGGCAGAGAAGUAAAUAAGAUACAUCAAGACCAAUUUUUUCACUUUUUAUAAUUUACUUUUCAAAUGAUGUAAAACCAAUGUGAACAUUCUUUAAUAUAGUUUUGUCAAUAUAAUUAGAUUUAUAAACAGUUCACAAUUUAUCUUUAGACUGCUACAUUAUGCGAAAUUUGGGUAUGGGGGAAACAUUGAUGUCGGCAGUUAGCCUUAGUAAAAGUGUUCCUUCUCUUCAGUCAUUUUUAAAAUUUUGUUUUGUUUUGUAUUUCCUUCUAUUUAAUGUAAGAUUUAUAAUGUACCUUUUUAUGCCAAAGAUAGUUAUAGUAUUGUAUUUAUCUCAUUCCAGUUUUUUAUUGAAUGUAUUUAUUUAGACUAAGUUAUACUGAAAAACCAAAGACAAGCAUUAUUUGUACUUUUAAAAAUUCUUUCUCACGUUUUGUGCCUUCGUAAAGGGGCUAAAACUUUUAGAAUCCCUGGUUCAGUCCAGUCGUACCACCUUUCGGUGUACAGCCUCCUUAUCAAUUAAAUGAGUCAUGGCCAGUCAAGUACUACAAUUUUUCAGGCUUGAGCAACAAAAACCACGAGUGAGCUUUUUUUUUCAUUC